UAGCUUUUUUCAGGCUGAUUAGAAAGAAAUUGCAAGAUCCUCUAAUUGCAAUUCAAGUCAUUCCAUCCACUUUAUUCCCACACAAUUUAACUACAGCUCCUAUAAAUACACCCAUAUUCAUAUUAAAUUAAAGUCACACCCAAAUACCAUACACAAUUUUCAUUCAAUAAUAUUCAUCACCUCACAAAUUAACAUGCCUUCAGAAUCAACCAAGUCAAGUCCAUCUCCCUCUGGUGAAGGGGAGAAGCACAAGCAUUUGGACAGAGAAAUUAGGGAGAUGGUGUCUGCCAUCACUCACCGUGUUACAGAUUUUCACAAAUCAGGAUCCACACACCAUUUGGAGAAUGAGGAUGAACAUGAUCAUGUGAGGAUCAUCACGCUCACAGGAACCAACAAUGGAGCUACUCUGCGAAGCGAAUUGGAUGAGAAAUCAGGUAAAUCUUCUUCCCAUGAUGAGGCAGAGACAUUGAGCACUUACAUUAACAGCAACUUUCAAGCUGUGAACAACUCAAUCAUGCUUGGUGGUAGCUACCAGGCCAAUGAUCCUGGUGUGCACAUGGAUAUAUCAGAUUUCACCGAGCCUCAUCACCAUAAGGCUGAGAAGCAUGAGAAGAAGAAAGAGAAAGAAGCUACCAAAAGUGAACAUUCUGAUUAACUCAAUUCUAUAGAGAUGCUGAGCAAAUUAAGAAAAUAUAUGACAGCGUGCCUAAGAAUAAAUGCAAUCUACAUCCUACACCAUUGAGAGACAAGUUAGAACUUCUUGUGUGUCAAUCGUUAAACCACUAGUUAAUGUAUGCUAGCUAUUGAAUGAUCA